AAGGUGAUGCCAACAUCCGCUCAGAGACGGAGAGGGGUCUGGGACAAUACGAGGCUGUCAAAGGAAGGAAGGAACUACCCGUACGUCUCAUUUCCACCCCAGGUUUUUUUUUUUUGCGUGCUGGAAUAACGGCUUGUGGGAUCUAAGCCACUGCGCGCUGAGCGCAAUGUUCACACAAGGCGGGGCUGAGCCUCCUGCCUCAUUUUGGACGGAACAUAAGUAGGAGAGCGCAAACACUGAAGAGUGCUGCUGUUAUUGUUUAGAGCAUUAGAGAUCUGGGAAUGAAUUCGGCCGAACAGACGGUAACGUGGCUCAUAACGCUGGGGGUCUUGGAGUCUCCCAAAAAGAGUGUCUCGGAUCCAGAGGCUUUCCUCCAGGCGUCUUUGCAGGAUGGAGUGGUGCUGUGCAGGCUGCUGGAGCGGCUCAGACCCGGGACGGUGGACAAAUUUUUCCAGGAGCCGAGGAGCGACAGCGAGCGUCAGAAGAACAUUACCGAGUUCAUUAAAGGCUGCGGGGCGUUCGGUGUGGAGCCUUUUGAGGCCAUUGACCUGCUGCAGGGUCUGAACUUCCCCAAGGUCUUAAACUCUUUGGUUGCCCUUAACAAAGCUACUGAAGUCUUAGGAGGUUCUGGAGACAGUGUGUGUGUGCCACACUCCUCAACGUUGAGGAUCAAGUCCUUUGACUCCCUGAACACCCAGAGUCGGUCCUCUAAACUGCUUCAGCCUCAGUACCGCAGCUUGGACAUGUCAGAAGGCAGUGGGUGUGGCCAGUUUCUGGUCAAGGCACGCUUUCCUUUCCAGCAGACCAAUGAGGAUGAACUCUCUUUCUCUAAGGGCGACAUCAUUAGUGUGAGCAGGCAGGAGGAAGGGGGCUGGUGGGAAGGCUCGCUCAAUGGCAAGACUGGAUGGUUCCCCAGUAACUAUGUACGGGAGCUAAAAGGAAGCGAUAAGACAACAGACAAAUCAAGGUCUGGGACACUGAAAAGUCCACCCAAAGGUUUUGACGCCACAAUCAUCAGUAAGACCUACUACAAUGUGGUGCUACAGAACAUCCUGGAAGCAGAGGCUGAAUAUUCCAGAGAGCUACAGAGUCUUCUGGGCUCAUACCUGCGCUCACUGCACCCCACAGACAAACUCAGCAAUCUUGACAUCAGCUGUAUUCAGGGAAAUCUGGAGGAGAUCUCAACCUUCCAGCAGAUGUUGGUUCAGUCCUUGGAGGAUCAUACAAAAGUGCCAGAGAGCCAGCAGAGGAUCGGGGCCUUCUUCCUCAAUGUGAUGCCCCAAAUGAAGAUCAUCUAUGUAGCAUACUGCUCCAACCACCCAUCAGCUGUCCAUGUCCUCACACAACACAGUGAAGAGCUGGGGGAGUACAUGGAGUCGAAGGGGGCAUCUACCCCUGGGAUCCUCACUCUGACCACUAGUCUGAGUAAACCGUUCACCAGAUUGGAGAGAUACCCAGCAUUGCUGAAAGAGCUAGACAGACACAUGGAGGAGCAACACCCUGACAGAGCCGAUCUCCAGGCUUCUAUGGUGGCCUUCAAAAGCCUCACAGUUCAGUGCCAGGAGGUGAGGAAGAAGAAGGACCUGGAGUUGCAGAUUUUAACAGAGCCAAUCAGAAACUGGGAGGGUGAUGACAUCAGAACCCUUGGCCCUGUUCUCCACAUGUCCCAAGCCACAGUCCACACACAGAACUGUCAGGAGUCAAAUGAACGCUACCUCGUCCUCUUCCCUCACACUUUGAUCAUACUAUCAGCCAGCCUGAGAAUGAGUGGAUUCAUCUAUCAGGGGAGGAUGCCACUAUCAGGAAUGCUCAUCUCCAGAAUAGAAGAUGGAGACAGCCUGAGGAAUGCUUUUGAAAUAUCCGGUGGCCAGUGUGAGCGGAUACAGGUGGCCUGCAACAGUCAGUGCGAGCUACAGGACUGGCUGGACCUUCUCACAAAACACACACACACUCCAACUGCACACAGACACUCCCACAAGCCUCAGUCUAUCUGUCACACAUUGCCAUCUCAUCCCGUGACUCCUUCCAGACACUCUGAGUCAUGUGGAGGGAGCAGUGGACACACCUACCACACCCUUCCCCAUCUCUCCUCCUAUGGGAUGGCACACAGUAGCACCCCAGUGUGGCGGCCCCUGGAGCCACCAAGUACCCCUAAACCCUGGAGCCUGAGCUGCCUUCGGCCUGCGCCUCCACUCCGGCCCUCCGCUGCUCUCUGCUACAAGGAGGAUAUGAGUAAGAGUCCCAAGAACAUGAAAAAGCUCCUCCCUAAAAGGAAGCCAGAGAGGAAACCUUCAGAAGAGGACUUCACUGCCAGAAAGAGCACAGCGGCUCUAGAGGAGGACGCUCAGAUUCUGAAAGUGAUUGAGGCCUACUGUACGAGCGCCAAGACCCGACAGACUCUCAACUCCACCUGGCAAGGGACUGACCUCAUGCACAACCAUGUGCUUGCUGACACCAGCCUUACCGUCAACCCACCUUGUUCUGACCAAUCAGAGGACUCGGAUUAUGACAGUAUCUGGACCGCCCAUAGUUACAGGACAGCCUCAUUUUCUCGCUCCAGCCGGAAAGAUGUGCCCAUGUUGUUUCCAGAGGAGGAGAAGAUCAUAGUGGAGGAAACCAGGAGCAAUGGACAAACUGUAGUGGAGGAGAGGAGUCUAGUGGACACUGUGUACAGCCUGAAAGAUGAGGUCCAGGAACUCAAACAGGAUAACAAGAGGAUGAAGAGGACACUGGAGGAGGAGCAGCGAUCCAGGAAAGAGUUGGAGAGGAUUGUCAGGAGAGUCCUGAAGAACAUGAAUGACCCAACAUGGGACGAGACUAACCUCUGAGACAAAUAAGUAUCUUAUCAUCAUGGAAGAGACCAGGCUUUUUUUUAUUUUAAAUGACCAAACAACUUAUGAACGGUUGUUCAACACUUCAUCACACUAUUCACCGUUCCUUUCCACAUUGCUUUGACCUUCAGAGGUACCUGUGCACCAACCUGGACCAAGAGAAAUGGACUGCCACCCCAACUGACCGUAAAACUAUGAAGCCAAAUUAGCUGGUCAGUUUGAUGACAUCAUUUCCUGUCAUGCUGUUUUACAAACUGCCUUCUCUGGAGCAGUGACAAAAGAAUCACUUUUUAUCAUGUACUUUUAUUUCAUUGACUGCUCUGGUGCAUGAAUAAGAACAACACAUUAGUUUAUAUAUUUCAUUAUGUGAAUCAACUUUCUCACUGAAACUGAAAAUAGCAAACUGCUCUGAUCUGAUACUGAGCCAAUGGGUUUCAUAGGAAGAGACUGUCACUGAAAUGAUGUACAGAUACCAUCACAGUUCAUUUCACUAGUCAGGAUCACUCCUAUAGUUGAUGUUGAUGAGGGUGAGAUGUGCUUGUGUGUGACUUGGGCUGAUGCUGCUUGGUAGCUGUUAGGGCAUCUUGGGGGAAGGCUUCCGGUGAAUUUGUAUGGCUUUAAAGGAGAGAUACAGGAGGGCAGAAAGGUAGAGAAGAGGACAGAGAAAGAUUAAGGCAGAAGUGGGUGGGUUAAUGAGAAACUAAAGCACUUUGCAGCUUGCAGUAAAAGGUUUGUGUUAAGGUGUGGUCCUGCUCCUGGACCUUCAAUAUUCAUCUUCAUUUGUAGUUCGUUUUUUUUUAGAAGACGUGAGUCAGCUCAGUGACUUUUCAAGUCCAAGCAAUACAACACUGAAAAAUGCUUUUUUUUUUUACAAAGUAAAUAUGCAACCUAUUGUAGAAUGGUUUCUUAUUUUUAUAUUUGUGAUUGUGUUUUUACUGUUAGCUGGUUCUGGUUUGGAAUACUGACUGAACACACUACAGGUAAUUUGUACAGAAAAGCUGCAUAUUUCUACUGAGCAUCAGUAAACGUGCCAUGGGGAGAAAAAAAUCCCUUUAGUAAAGGUUAAUGACUUCAUCUACAAAUGAACUUCGCUGAAAAUAAAAUCACACUAAUGUAAGCUACAUAAUACAGUAUGUCAGUCAACUCUAACUAAUGUAUUUAACUGAAAGUGACUGGUGUAAAUGUGGGUCAAAUGUUAGUGAUGAAGAUGAUUACAGUAGUUACAAGAAUCACCCCCCUCUAUUUAUUUCACCUGUUUGUCUGUGAAUAAAUUGCUGAAUCAA